AUGGCAACCUCAGGAACCGCUUCUACAUUCAGACCAUCCGUUUCAGCUUCUUCCAGAUUAACCCAUCUCAGAUCAUCUCCCUCCAAAGCCCCCACCAGCUUUACCCCUCGCUCACGUUCCUUCUCCGUCUCUUGCACCAUCGCAAAGGACGUGAUGGCGGAUGCGGAGAAGACAAAAGCCGCUGGAUCUGACACGACCAUGUGGAAACGACCCGAUUCGUUUGGUCGUUUCGGGAAGUUUGGUGGGAAGUAUGUUCCCGAAACUCUUAUGCACGCUCUCUCCGAGCUCGAAACGGCUUUUUAUUCUCUUGCCACCGACGAUGAUUUUCAGAGGGAGUUGGCAGGGAUCUUGAAAGACUACGUUGGCAGAGAAAGUCCUCUCUACUUCGCAGAGAGGCUCACAGAGCAUUACCGCCGAGAAAACGGUCAAGGACCACUCAUAUACUUCAAACGGGAAGACUUAAACCACACAGGCGCUCACAAGAUCAACAACGCUGUAGCUCAAGCCCUUCUCGCCAAACGUCUAGGCAAAAAGAGAAUCAUCGCAGAGACAGGAGCUGGUCAACACGGUGUAGCCACAGCCACCGUAUGCGCACGUUUCGGUCUGCAGUGUAUUAUCUACAUGGGUGCUCAAGACAUGGAGAGACAAGCUCUCAACGUGUUCAGGAUGCGUCUUCUCGGUGCUGAGGUGAGAGGGGUUCACUCAGGAACAGCUACUUUGAAAGACGCGACGUCUGAAGCUAUAAGGGAUUGGGUGACGAAUGUUGAGGAUACUCAUUAUAUAUUGGGAUCUGUUGCUGGUCCUCAUCCUUACCCUAUGAUGGUUAGAGAUUUUCAUGCGGUGAUUGGUAAGGAAACGAGGAGACAGGCGUUGGAGAAGUGGGGUGGGAAGCCUGAUGUGUUGGUUGCUUGUGUUGGUGGUGGGUCGAAUGCUAUGGGGCUGUUUCAUGAGUUUGUUGAUGAUGCUGAGGUUAGGAUGAUUGGUGUGGAAGCUGCUGGGUUUGGAUUGGAUAGUGGUAAACAUGCUGCUACGUUGACAAAGGGUGAUGUUGGUGUUCUUCAUGGAGCUAUGAGUUACUUGCUGCAAGAUGAUGAUGGUCAGAUUAUUGAACCACACUCCAUUAGUGCGGGCUUGGACUAUCCUGGAGUUGGACCUGAGCAUAGUUUCCUUAAAGACAUGGGACGUGCUGAAUACUAUAGUGUUACUGAUGAAGAAGCUUUAGAAGCGUUCAAGAGAGUAUCUCGCUUGGAGGGAAUCAUUCCGGCGUUGGAGACGUCACAUGCAUUGGCUCAUCUCGAGAAGCUUUGUCCUACGUUACCUGAUGGAGCCAGAGUGGUGUUAAACUUCAGUGGGAGAGGGGAUAAGGAUGUUCAGACGGCUAUCAAGUAUCUUGAAGUUUAAGAGAGAAUUAUACUUUCUGCUUCAGACAAGUGACAUUUUGUUUUAGUUGUUUUCUUGCUUCUUGGUCGGAAAACCCAAAUAGGAACAAAGUAUUGAGAAGAGAAUGAAAUAUAAAAAUGUACCCUAUAAAAUAAAUAAGACUUUUCUAAUGAGGCUUUCAUGUUCUCACUC